AUGAGUUUCAAUAUGGCUGGAUAUAGUCAUGUCUGCACCUGUGAUACGGAAACCAAUGCGAAAACAAAGCAGAGAACCCAUAAAGAGACUGUCUGCUUAGCAAUUGAAGCUGAGAGGCUGAAGAAGCAAGGCAAGUCUAACACAGUGGUCACUAAGGGAGUGAAGGGCCUGUCUUGGUCUAUGUACCUUCCAAUAUUUGAUGUCAUUUCCGGAACUGCCAUUGACUACAUGCACAGUGUUCUAUUAGGUGUGGUUAAAGUGCUACUCACACUGUGGACUGAUAAGUCCUACAACUCUGAGCCAUGGUUUUUAGGGGCAGACAAGAUCAAAGUCUUUGAAAAGCGGUUUAUGAGCAUGAAACCUCCAUACAGAAUUACCCGAACACCCAGAAGCAUAAUAGCUAAUAUGGCUCACCUUAAGGCAUCUGAACUGCGGUCAUUCAUGUUACUUUAUGGCUUGCCAUGCCUUUGGGGCUUACUUCCUAAUGAAUACUUCUAG